CAUCUACAGGGAGAGACUGCAGCAGGUAGUUACAUUUUUAAUAACAUUAACCUUCCCAAUAAUAAAUUAAUGUAAUAAAGCCCACCUGCCCUCAUUGCUCGAAAACCUUAUUAAGGGGUCAAAAUGAAUUCUAACUAAAUCAGAAAAAUUUGCUGGGAAUAAAAUGCACAAAUACUUACUGCUCUGUUUAGGCCACUGGAAGGCGCCUGGCUGGAAAGCCGUUACUGGGCAAGUAUGCUGUCAGAGCCAAAUAUUCAGAUUUAUACCAACUGACAAAUUAAUUUAGAAAAGGAAUUAGCAAUUCUUUGGAGUUAAGGAAUAGAUCUAGUAGGGUCGGAGACAAAUAAUAAAAUAUAAUCUGUGUAUAGCAAAAUCUUAUGCACCACACCUCCCACAUCACUCCUGGAAAAUCAUCCUCCUUUCUUAUCGUGGCUGCUAAUGGUUCCAGGGCCAGAUAGAACAAUAAGUGGGAAAGAGGGCAACCCUGCCGGGUGCCCCUAUCCAAAGUAAAAUUAUCUGAAAUUAAUCCAUUUGUUUGUACCACCGCUACCAGGUGUCUAUAAAGUAACUUAAUCCAUGCAAUAAAAGUUUUCCCGAACCCGUAUAUUUCCAAAAUCUUAAAAAGAUAAUACCAUUCUACCAUAUCAAACGCCUUUUCUGCGUCAAGUGAGAUUGUAGCGACCGGAGUCUGAUCUUUCGCCACUGGCCACAUGAUAUUGAGAAGAGCUGCGGCCCCGAAUAAACCCCACCUGAUCUAUAUGUAUAAGAGAUGUCAUAACUUUGCUUAAUAUGUUAGCCUGAAUUUUUGACAAUAUUUUUACAUCUAGCUGGAUCAGGGAAAUUGGACAGUAACUCUUACACUCACUUGGAUCUUUGUCCUUUUUAAGAUUCAGACUGAUCCGGCCUUGCAUCAUGGUUGGCAGAAGCUUUCUGUUUAAUGACAGCAAAAACACGGCAAGAGAUAUUCCACAAAACAAACUCCAUGAUACAGGAGGCACCAAAAACUUGCAGAUUCAUCCACAAACUGUCCCGAAGAAAUUAUAUGGCUCAAAACAAACACCAGUCGCUAGGUGGAACCAGCACAAAAAGAAACCUAAAAGGUUCCCAGCUUCCUCGGACAGUCAAGUGUAUGUUCAGUGAGUUAGGCCCACAAGGCAGAAACAUGAAAAUCACCAAAUGGCUUACUCACUCCAUUGUCUUUAUGAAGGACAAUGCUUGCUGUGGGCAUGUACAUUUUCUACGGCCAUUAUUGGUAUCUAUUCUCAGUUUGGCCGGAUUCAGAAGAGCAAAAGUGACCUUCUGUUGAUGUAAGACAUUUUGCAUUCCCUUAAUCGUUCACAAAGUCUGGGAACAAGAAAAUGCUGUGGUUCGUCCAAGAAAGCUUUCCUUUACUCCUCACCUCGUUUAUUAACCUGAUAUCUUUGUUGGAUGAUCUCAGAAAUUUGGCCAGAAUUGAUUGGGCCUGUCUUAUAUUAUUUUAUUUGUUUCCUAUCCUGAGGUCACCAGAACCGGCUGGAUCCAGCACCAUUCCUGCUUCAUGUUGGACUCCACUGCUACGUGUUGCUGUGUGAUGAUGACUAAAUGCAGCCGAUGCCAGCCAAACAUCACUUCAGUCUAUUAUGAUGGACUUCGGAGGAUGAACUGAUGUCAACUCCAACCGUAAGACAUGGGAUACUUCAUAUGCAAUGGUGUUCCUCAUUCCCUUGAUCACGUUCUUGAGUUUUUAGAGCUGGCAAAUUUAGUGGACUACCCAGAAUUUUCCUUGGUGCUUUUCUUCAGGGCAGGUCUCAGUAGAUCACUAAAGGAGCUGUUGCCUCUGGCGGAUCCUCAAUGGACGCUCCUCGAGUUCGUGGAGGAGACUCUACGAGUUAGCGGCUUGCCGUUCACUGUGGGUGUAGAGGAGGAGGGCUUUACAUCUCCUCCCAAUGUGGUCACCCCCCAGACUUCCAUGGCUCGUCCCCCCACGCCUGCCACGGCCAACGAGCCAACGCCCACGCCUGCCACGGCCAACGAGCCAACGCCCACGCCUGCCACGGCCAACGAGCCAAUGCCCAUGCCUGCCACAGCCAACGAGCUGGAAGUCUCGUCCGUCCCAGAGCCAGCGUUGCCAGCUUCGUCCGCCCGGAGGAGGAGGAGAAGAGGAAAGGCUUCUGCUCCCCAGUCUCCAUCUGCCACGGUCAGCGAGCCAGAGCCCCCGCCUGCCACGGUCAGCGAGCCAGAGCCUGUAGCCUUGACCGCCCCAGAGCCAGCGCCUGUAGUCUCGACCAUCCCAGAGCCAGCGCCUCUUGAGCCUCCCAGGGCUCCGCCUCUCGAGCUUCCCAGGUCUCCGCCUUCCAGGGCUCCGCCUCUCGAGCCUCCCAGGGCUUCGCCUCUAGAGACUUCAACGCCUCUGCCUCCCGAGCCUUCCACGCCUCAGCCUCCCGGGCCUUCCACAGCUCCGCCUCCAGGGCCUUCCAUGGCUCCGCCUCCAGAGCCUUCCACGGCUCCGCCUCCAGAGCCUUCCACGGCUCCGCCUCCAGAGCCUUCCACAGCUCCGUCUCCAGAGCCUUCUACGGCUCCGCCUCCUGAGCCUUCCAUGGCUCCGCAAGGUUAUUUUUCUCAAUUAAUCCACAUCUUAUGGAGUUUUGUGUUCCUUGCCACAGUUGCCUUCAGCUUGCUCACUGGGGUUAUUAAUACAAUUAUUGUUUAAUUACUUAUUUUUAAACACUAUUAAUAAUCACAUUUUAUCUAAUUACACAAUGAUGAUUCAUCAACAUUAUAGGCAUUACAGUUUUAUCUUCUGUUAAUGCCUGAUCUUCUGUAAAGCUACUUUGAAUCUAUGUGUGUUGUGAAAAACGCUAUACAAAUAAAAUUUAAUUGAAUUGAAUAUUACUUCUGAAAAUAUGGAUUAAAACACUGGAGUUGUAUGGAUUAGUUUUAGGCUGCCUUUAUGUGCUUUUUGGAUCGUCAACAUCUUGGCACCCAUUCACUUCCAUUGUAUGGACCAGCAGAGCUGAAAUGUUCUUCUAAAAAUCAUAAUUUGUGUUCUGCAGAAGAAAGUCAUACACAUCUGGGAUGGCAUGAUGGUGAGGAAAAGAUGAGAGAAUUAAAUUUUUGGGUGAACUAUUUAAUUAAGAAGAACUUGCAAAAAAAGCAUUAGGGCUCCAGCAGCAUCAUAAUAGCACAGCCAAUGUAGUAACUUAAGCUGAAUUAGGUGUGUGUGUGUGUGUGUGUGUUUAUUUAUUUGCUUCUUAAGCUUGCUUAAGUCUUCUCUGUAUUGUGUUCACAGAUUCAGAGAGGUAUAGCAUAUGAGAAGACCACUAAAGAAGUGUCUCGCUGGGGCAUGAUAGUUCAGAACCAGAAGGCCAAGAAGCUGGUCUUUCCUCUGAACCAGGAGCCAUAAAAUAGUUCAGAGACCUCUUGAACAAGAGAUUUUCAUACUCUUCCGCUACAACAAACAGCCUGUCCAUGACCCUGUGCUGACUCCAGUUGAGGAGGCAUCACUUAAGGCCAUGAGUUUGGAGGAGGUAUGAUUUUAAUAAAGCUUCAAUAGGGCGCUGUUGUCAUGUUCCGGAACUAAAAAAUCCUAUUAAUUGUCUCAAUAGAGUCAUAUAUUUUUAACAAUAACUUACUGUAUAAACCUUGAUACCAACCAUGAGCUACAAGCUUAAGUUAUAGUGUAUGCUUCUAUAGAAUGUAAAGUAUGGCGGAGGAGCAGUGGCUUCAUUGAUUCAUGAAUACAAAGAAAUCCCUGUAAGAUCACGGAAAUGGUGCCCGCUAGUCUGUGGAGGACAAUGAACUAUUGACAGAAAAUCCUCGUGCCUGCUAAAACCCCCUUCCCCAUGUGAGAAAAGCCAUGUGAGACUUUGAACGUAAAAAUGUGUGUGUGUGUGUGUCUUUCAGUUAAAACCUCGAAAUGUUUAUUCUUAAGGAAAUACGUGUAAUCCCUGUUUGUUGUGUAUUUCUGAUGUAUAUCAAACUCGUUAGAACUGUUUUGUUGUGUGUUUUAAACUCUGAGGCCUCAUAUUUAAUAACCUAAGGGUGUGUAUGCACUUCUAAGUGUACUAAAUACACGUUUCUUGGUAUCAAAUUAAACCUUACGACUUGUCCUAGCUGAAUAUGAAUAUAAGAUUACCUUAGAAUUGUGUUCUGCUAUGUUUUACCAUCUUUUGAGUUAUUCAAACCAAAGUCCUGACCCCGAGUCAUAAAGGAUGCAAAUGAGCCUUGACAGGACAAAGGAACCAUCUCAUGCCCAAAAUAAAUGGGACUUUUACUACCUCCAAAGGAAUGUUCAGAGUGAUGACUCUCACUUAAUUCUUACUGAGAAGGAGAAAUGAACCCUUUUAAUCCUAUAUAUUCUAUAUAUAUAUAUCCAUGUGAUAAAUGUAUUGACAUGUAUCUAAUGCUCCAUCUCAUGAUUUUCCUAAAUGUUGUUUGGUCUAUGUUUUCUUGCAAACUCUAAUGGGUUAAUGUUUCAGACUUUGCAUACUAUGGUUAACCGAAAUCAU